AUGUUUUUUCUAGCCUGUGGUGUUUCUCUCUUCACCAUGACAGCCAUCAGCGUGGAUCGGUUUUUAGCUCUUCGUUACCAUAUGCGUUAUUCGGGUCUGAUGACAGUGAAACGUGCAUUAUUUACUAUAGCAGGCAUCUGGUUGGUGCUUGUUGUUUUGUCAUGUCUCAGGAUAAUUUGGAAAAGAAGUCUUCUUUUCCUAGCCAUAGUUGUCGGCGGCAUUGCUAUUUGCCUCUUUAUUUCAACCUUUUCGUACAUCAGAAUUUACCAAAUUGUACAGCAUCACAAGUUGGCUAUUCGAUCACAACAACAGGCCAUACAGAGACUGAGUAAUGAUGCGACGAAUCUUAAACAGUCUACAAAGAGUGCCAUCAAUACCCUCAUUUAUUUCAUUUGUAUGAUUUUUUGUUAUUUGCCAAUAUUGGUGGUUACUAUCAUUUUGGCUUUUGGACAGCCUCUGGAUAGCCGAUUGGACAUUGCAGACACAAUAGCGUUUAUGAACUCGUCCAUAAAUCCAUUUUUGUACUGCUGGCGUACUCAAGAAAUUCGUUCGGCAGUUUUGAAGACAAUCCGUCAAUUCUUUCGUAAACGAGCAAGACAAACUUAGUCUUUCCCCACUAGCGGAGAAAAAUUUAAACUUUGGUUUUGUUAAAUACUGUAAAAAUGGGGUGAUGAAGACGUAGUGCUAAAUACUAGGUUUUAAUCGAAUGGUCACAUCUUAGAUUUUCUUCCAUUAACUAAAAAUUUUAAACCAUAAUUUCCUAUUUUCAUAAUUGUCAUAUUUUUCGGCACCUAAGUUUCGACAUCUUUGUGAACUUUUUGGAUUUUGAAUGAGUUUCAGUUUGCGUUCCUAAAGAUUAAUUGAUUAAACUUGUCCUUAAAUGGAAUAGAACGACUUAAUUUACAACAACGUCAAAAUUAAAGAAAAAUACACCUGCCGGAGUGUAUAUGACAAGUGUGACAAAAACGAAGUUCUCACAAUGUCCACAAGACGUUCAAUUCAUGCUUGUACGUGAAUUAUUGAGUCAAUUGAUCACGAUAUCCAGAGAGACUCACGAGUAAUUUGCGUACUUUUAAUUCCCGAUUUGACCAGUCCUUCAAGAUCUGAACCCUCCCCUUAUUCUAGUGAAAAAAGAUAAAUUAAUAAUUCUUUUCCACCAACCAAGUUACGCGGAUUUUGCAUCAGUGGUAAUAUCUCGCGUUUGUUUGUUUUGUUUUCCUCUGGCCCGUUUAUUCGAGUAUCUUUCAUUUUUCUGGUAAUAAAUCAUACCUCAAAACAUAGAAAAUGUAAAACCUUUUCUUUGGCAGUGGCGAAAUAGACGAGGUACCAGAUUUAACCUAUGUUUUCAUGGCUGGUCUUCAACAUGCCUGCUACUUGAGCAGCUAGGCAGGUGAUUUUCCACAGAUAAGGAGGACACUUUAAAAUAUGUCAAAAUCAAUCCAACGGAUGAAAAUCAGUCAUGGUAGAAGCUGAAGUCUGCUAUUAUCUUUUUGUUGGUUUUUUUUAAGUCUUUAUUUCUCUGGUACAAAUUUUAAAAAGUCGCAGUAUUAUAUUUACAUAGAUUUGUCGACUAAAUGAAAGAAUGUGAAAAAAUUGUGAGAAAACAUCUUUUAUAAUAACGCGGCAAAAAAAAAAUAGUCAAAACUACGUAUACAGCAAUGGUGAAAGGUCAUUUGAUUUAAAGUAAUAGUUUUGCACCAAUAGACUCACACAAAUAGAUUUGGUAAAUAUACGUAUGACAGGCAGUCAAAGGUUCCCGACACUUUCUGAAGAUAUCUAGAAUUGGUUCUUUGUAUUUGAUGGGCCGAAAUUGCGAGCAUCACGUAGCUGUUUGUCAGUCUCAGAAUGUUUAUCUUUGUCGACGCGUUGGAAAAGAUUUUUCCUAUAAAAUGUUUAUCCAAAGUCUCUUUCAUGCAAGGAAUAAAAAUUAGGCUCUAUCAGUUAUUGCAUUAUAGAGCCAAACACUCUUUACACUUGCAAGUGAUCAGACAGGGAAGAUCAUCGAGUUAAAAUCCUGAAAGGGCUGUUAGGCAAAGGUAAUUCUGAUUACAUUUUGCUAGUCACAAGUAAUAUCGUUAAAAAUCAGUAUAAUAAGCAAAACUAUAAGGCAUUUAGAUUUAACUGUUAAGUCAGCAUUUAAUAGGUGAAAAUUUUUCUUAGGCCUCCGUUUUGAAGCCGAACUUUUCAUGAGCCGAACCCAAUACAUUGAAUUAACUUCAUGAAAAGUUCGGCGUCUAAAUCAAUAAGGAACGCCUGUUUCAAUUUGGAACGGCUCAGCCAUUCUUUUCGCCUAGCCCGGCCGGGAAUUUCGCCUUUGGAGCGACUUUGGAACGGCUUUGGUUCAGACGCCGAACUUUUCAUGUAACGAACCUGACGCAUAAAUUAUUGCAUUUUGCAAGUAGUUUGACAGAAAUGAGCAUUUUUCCCCUUUUGAACUUAGUUUCGGCUGCAAUUCAGAUCGGCGUCUGAAUCAAUUCAGCCGGUCUAAAUAAUUUGAGUCGGCCUUAAUUCGAAUUAGGUUCCGCUUAUGAAAAGUUCGGCGUCUGAACCGGGCCUUACUGUUUUUUAAUUUUGCCCUUUUUACUAAUACUGAUACUGCGAUACUGACCUCUUACCACCCACUUAAUGACACUAAGAAAGUUUUAAACAUCAUUUCCUCGAUUUCUGAUGAACGUGACAUGGUGUCAGACCAGAUGGACCUUUAUUUUUCAAAUCAAAGAAAGGACCUCGUAGUGGUGAGUCUAAUUCUGACGUGUGAUCACAGCCUUAAGGUGAUGUUACACGAGACGAUUCUCAACGACGAUUCUUAGCGCAACACAGCGUUGCAUCAUUGUUGCGAUGUUGUUUCGAAUCUUACACCAUCACCUUAAAGGAGCUGUGUCACGAAAUUCAAGCAAAUUAGGAAAUUACAAAAUGCCUGUUAAAUUAAGAGAAACAUAAAAAUAACCGCUCAAAACUUUAAAGGAAGGUUAAAAUAACAUAACAGAAACAACAGAUACCACGGAUGGGCAAAACUGAAGAAGAUUGAAACGGAUUGAAAUUAGGGUUUUUGAAAACUGUUCAGCCUAACAGUUUUUCAAAGUUGAUCCCUGCUGCUUGCAACUUCAAAAAUAAUGCUCAGGAGACAUANGUUACACGAGACGAUUCUCAACGACGAUUCUUAGCGCAACACAGCGUUGCAUCAUUGUUGCGAUGUUGUUUCGAAUCUUACACCAUCACCUUAAAGGAGCUGUGUCACGAAAUUCAAGCAAAUUAGGAAAUUACAAAAUGCCUGUUAAAUUAAGAGAAACAUAAAAAUAACCGCUCAAAACUUUAAAGGAAGGUUAAAAUAACAUAACAGAAACAACAGAUACCACGGAUGGGCAAAACUGAAGAAGAUUGAAACGGAUUGAAAUUAGGGUUUUUGAAAACUGUUCAGCCUAACAGUUUUUCAAAGUUGAUCCCUGCUGCUUGCAACUUCAAAAAUAAUGCUCAGGAGACAUAUUUGUUUGUUUCGGAUCUCUGGUUUUGUCAUUUACAUGUAAUUUCUUUGCUUACUUUAAGUUCCAUAGCGAUUGAGGGCGAGUAAUAGGCAAAAUUGAACAAAAUGAAGUAGACUGCCGUGAUACAGCCCCUUCAAGCCUUUGAGUGAACGUGAGGUUUUGGUUGACCUUGUUUUGACAAAAACCUCUGUCCUUUUCUUAUGGAAAUUAUGCCUAAAAAAAUACUACUUAUAGUGUAGCAUAAGAACAACAUGAUUUACAUAACAAACUUGAAGGGUUUGUAUAUAUCAAACAUGGUCAACUCCAGCCUCGUUUCACCAGUCACUCUAAAAUGGACUAUUCGCAUUUGUGAGAAAAAAAAAACAUGGAGAACUCAAAGUUUCUUUUCAAAUUUGAUUUGCAAAUUAACUGCUUGACGCCAGUUUUUUGAGAGGAUAUAUUAACUGGUUUCUUGUUUCCCUUUCUAUUUCAAACACACAUUUAGACUUCGUAUUUUCAUUGUCACUAAGGUAUUAUUUACAACAGCAAAAACAACAACAAACAACAACAACUUUAUUACACAUUGACACUGCCUGCAUUUAGCAACAGCUACUAGAGGCAGGCAUUGUGAGGACGCUACAAAUUGAUUUUGAAUUUAAGGACCGGUUCAGACGCCGCUCCACUCAUGUGCUUAACCUAACUGAUGAAUUAAGCACGGCAAAAGAGCGGCGUCUGAAUCAAUUUGGUACGGCAGUUUUAGUUUGGUGUGGCAAAAGCGUUAAGUUCGACAGAGUCUGUCGAACUUUUGUCGAACUUAACUUAGGUUCGACACACGGUACGCCGUCUGAAUCAGAUGUCGCGCCAGUGUUGCUCCAAAGUCGAACUUAUUCAGUUAGGUUCGGCACAUGAAAAGUACGGCGUCUGAACUAGGCCUAAUUUCUGUUUCGCCACAAAGAUCCAUACACUUGUAUAACAGAUUUUACAAAUAUAGGAGGAAGAUAGAGAUAACUAAAACAAAGAUACUAAGUAAAGCUGAUAAAUCAACGAGUAAAAAAAAUAUAUAUUAAAUCAAACUCCUCUCUCAAUUACAUCAAGAAGGGUGUCCAUGUCAAUAACUAUCCUGGAUUUGAAAUUUAUAAAUUUAAAAAUUGUGCACUUCUUUUUUCAUAAAAGUGCAUUUUUGAGGUUUACUCAAAUACUUACAGAUACUAUUCCAAAUUUAGACCCGAAAGCAGCAGAGUCUGUAGGGGAUUGGAUGUUGUACUUUUGAACUUGACAUAAAAAAAUGCGGUGUGGGAUUAUAUUAAGACAGAAGAGAGGCUGACGUAUAACGUAGAUAUUGGCAUUUUAUUGGAGGAAAUGAAGUAAGGAAUAGUUUGACGGUUCGGAAUUCGGUAAAGUUCAUUUUAAAACGAAUCGCUUCUGUUCGGAGCACUAGAUUUGUUUCGUGGAGAAUCGAGAUACUACACACAAGGAUCUCAUAAGACAUCUUUAAACAUGUUGAAUUGCUGAGAAUGGAAUGCCUGUGACGGAUUCCAAUAUUACUACUUAUCUUUAAAACAAAUGAUCGAUACUACUGCAGGUGAGAUGGCCGUCAAUUCAAAGCACUCAAUAUUAGAUGAAAUCUUUGCGUUCCAAAGAAAAUUGUUUGUAUGAUGUGAUUAACGCAAAUCUUUAAUUUUGUACUUGGUAACAAUUAACUUAGUUUUUCAUUUAUGUUCAUUUAAGGGAAAGCUUUCUUGAAGUUGGCCAUCAGUCGUACACUUCGGAUAAUUCCACAUUCUGGGGAGCCAAGUUCUUGUAAGCAUUAUUUUCUUUAUUUUGCAGGUAAAUAUCUCUGUAUUUUUUCGGCCUUCUUAUUCAUAUUUGACUACGUGCGAUGAUCGGAUUCAUUGAAAGUUAGCGCCUUUUACUGACAAGAUCAAUUCGAUCGAGUCAGGGGCACCCAACGACAAUUUUCGGAAAAAUAUCUGUUCGGAAGACGAUUUGAGAUCUAGAAUUUUCGGAACAUUUGUUGUAAAAUUUCUUGCUUGCCUGCUUCUCCUAGGAUUUUCGAACAUCUAAAAUAUGGUAUAAUCGCCUAUUUUUAACGGAUUUUUACCCUAAAAAGGUCACCUAGAAUUUUCGGAGCCUUUUUUCUGGCUGAAAUUUUCGAAAAAGUAAGUUUUGAUCCCUAGAAUUUUCGGAUCACUAGACUUUCAGCUAGGAAAUCCGAACAGAUGAAAAUUUUUUUAGGGGAUAAAAAUAUGCCUAUAUCUACCGUUUAAAUACCAAAAUACGUUUAACAAUGCUAUGUUUUAGCGGUUUUGAACUAAAUCCUCGUUGGGUGCCCCUGUCGAGUACUCAAGCGGUUUUUUUUUUCCGCUUCCUUUCCUUUUGUUUGGUUUAGCACUGAGGUAUUUAUGUUUGAAACGAAGUUAAUAAAAUGCUUUCCUUGUCAAGUCCAUUCUUCAUAUCUAAGUUUAAAUUUUUUGAUAUUUUUUUAUUCCUUUGUUACCUUUGCAGUUUUUUUAUUCCUUUGUUUGGCAUGUUAUUAUAACCAAAGAACAAUACCGUACUUCAGCUGGUACUUCCGCUCCCUCGCUCGAAGUUUUCCUGUUUUGCUUUUUUCAUUUUUCAUUUUGCGUCGUCUUUAUGCAAACUAGCAUGUUUUCGAGAGGGGGGCGUUGGGAUUUUCGGUUUUGGCCAUCUUUAUGUCGGUUUUUCGGUUUUGUUGUCCGUUGCGGUUUCCGGUUUUUCCGUUUUUUAGCAUUUGGUUGUUCCAUUUUUUGGCAAAAAUAAAGCAGGUUAGAUUCCUCUUUGGGUCUCUGUGCAGUCAGAUGUUAAGCUAUUUUAUAUGUUUCUAUUUUACCGUCAAUCCAGGUCAAACUGCAAUGUGGGAUUCUGGAUUUUUUAUCAGAGGUUUAAAGGUAUGGGAGAGCUUUUUGCGAACGCAAUAUUCAAUCGAGGAUCUUUGUGAAUUCUCCUAGACGAUCCUAGGGCAGAUAUGCCGGUCUUACGACUAUAACAUCCAUAGAUAGUGCUGAGACUGUGAUGAUAUUGAUAUUUAGAAUGAUGAUGUGAUGUUGUUAAGUCGGCAAAAUUGAAGAACGACUCCCCAAAAAUUCUGUCGGCCGACUGUCGACGAUUGUCGUUAAACUGUAGGAGAGCUGUUGGUCGAUCAUAAAAUCUUCAACGUGAGAGUUCAUAUUUAUUGAUCAAGGUAAAAGAGCUAGAUAUAGAUAGUUUGAGUAUCAGUUUUCUUCAACAAACCAGAGUUAGUUUUAAUCUGUCGGCCGCCUGUCUGUUGGUCGUCAUGUGUCGAUGAACUGACGGUCGACAGUCUACCAACAGACGGCCAACAGAUUUUUUGGGGAACUUAUAUGUUCUUCAAUUUUACCGUUUAGUCCCUAUGUUCCACAUAUCACUGACGUUUGAGAUCUAGACUUGAGUUUUGCAAAUUUAGCUCUAUAAAUCUUCGGUAAUGAUGGUUUUGUAUUCGCUUUCGGUUUUGAUCGAAAUCUAUCGCGGUUUUUCGGUUUUGGGUAAUUUUUAGAGCGGUUUUUCGGUUUUUUAUUGACCCAUAUGCCCCUCUGUUUUCCAUGACCCAGUCAAAAAAUAAUUUGACUUCAUCUUGUGCUUAAGUUAUGAUGUUCUGUUUCCUCCUUGUCAUUGUUAACUCUUCAUUUUACCACAGCUGUUGGACGUGCUAUUGUAGUUUACUUUCUUUUCCGGCGGGCGAUAUCCAUCAAAUGCAAACAAUAAUUUGCACAUCAAGCAAACUACAUCAUCAUUAUGAAAUAUUACUCUGUGGUUGGAUGAAGACGUGUAUACAUUAAAUAAUUUGCCAACUUUGUUACUGACGUCCUAGAGAGAUGAUUGGGUACCAUCAAUAAGGGAAGCCUUAGAAACGUAUUACAAACUGGAAUUGAAAACAGAAUUGGAGAUGUUAAACCUUUCCCUCUUUAGGAAAAACGAUUCAGAACUCGAUGACAUGAACAAUAUGCAAGACAGUUAUUAUCCCGAAACAAUUGAAGUAAUUAAUUGUAUUCUCAACGCUCCACUUAUUUUCGUAUCCAUCAUUGGAAAUGCUUUGGUGUUGACAGCCAUAUCGAGGACUCCUUCGCUCCGUUCAGCACCGUCCAUAGUCUUCUUGUGCAGUCUCGCGGUGUCAGACCUUCUUGUCGGGCUUGUUGCUCAACCAGUUUACAUUUCCAAUGCGCUUAUCUACUCAGAAAGCAGUUCCGCUUUAAAACAAGCAACGGAGGUCAUGUUUUUUCUAGCCUGUGGUGUUUCUCUCUCCACCAUGACAGCCAUCAGCGUGGAUCGGUUUUUAGCUCUUCGUUACCAUAUGCGUUAUUCCGACGUGAUGACAGUGAAACGUGCGUUAUAUACUUCAGCAAUCCUCUGGUUGGUGUUUAUUGUUUUGUCAUUUCUCAGGAUUUGGAAAAGAAGUCUUCUAUUUCUUGUUAUAGUUGUCAGCGGCAUUGCUAUUUGCUUCUUCAUAUCAACUUUUUCGUACAUCAGAAUUUUCCAAAUCGUGCGGCAUCACACGUUGGUUAUUCGAUCACAACAACAGGCCAUAAACAGGUUGAGUGCUGAUACGACGAAAAUUAAACAAUCUACAAAGAGUGCCAUCAAUACCCUCAUAUAUUUCAUUUGUAUGAUCUUUUGUUAUUUGCCAAUAUUGGUAGUUACUAUCAUUUUGGCUUUUGGACAGCCUCUGGAUAACCGAUUGCAUAUUGCAGAUACAAUAGCGUUUUUGAACUCGUCUAUAAAUCCAUUUUUGUACUGUUGGCGUACUCAGGAAAUUCGAGCUGCAGUUUGGAAGAUUGUACGUAACUUCCUUUGUAAAGGAGCGAGGCAAACGUAA